AUGGAUACUGAUACCGAGACACUAGAGUGUCCAUUAUGUCUUGAAGUGCUCGAAGCAGAUGACAUCAAUUUUCUGCCGUGUAGUUGUGGAUAUCAGAUUUGUCGAUUUUGCUGGCAUAGAAUUCGUACUGAUGAGAAUGGUCUAUGCCCUGCUUGUCGAAAGCCAUACAGUGAAAAUCCUGCACAAUUCAAACCUUUGACUGAAGAAGAAAUACAACAAGUAAAACGCGAAAGGAAAUUGAAGGAAUCUCAGAAAAAACAAAAGCUUACAGAAAGUCGAAAACAUUUGGCCAAUUUGAGGGUUGUACAAAAGAACCUUGUUUUUGUCAAUGGCUUACCAUCACGUUUAUCUGAAACAGAAUUAUUGAGAAGGCAGGAUUAUUUUGGGAAAUAUGGAAAAAUCAUCAAAAUUGUUACUAGUCCCGCACACAAUGGUCAAAGUAAUAGUAUAUGUGCAUAUAUCACAUAUUCACGUUCAGAUGAAGCAUUAAGAACAAUACAAGCUGUGUGUAAUUAUCAUGUUGAUGGCAGAACAUUGAAAGCCACAUUGGGUACAACGAAAUAUUGUAGUCGAUAUUUAAAAGGCACUAAUUGCCAAAAAGUUGAUUGUCUUUAUCUACAUGAACCAGGCGAUCAAGCAGCAAGCUUUACAAAAGAACAAAUGCAACAAGGAUUACAUUUAGAAUAUGAAAGAAAACUGAUGGAACAGUAUGUAAAUAAAACAACUGCAGCACAAUUAGCUAGAAGUGAAAGAUUGACAAAUGGUAAUAAACCAGAAUCCCCUCCAAGACGGAAAACAUUACAACCAUUAUCUGGUGUUCCUCAGCCGUCAUUACAGUCAUUAACCACGACCAGAAUAAUGAAUGAUUCAACAUCACAGCCCGACCACGAUCAACCAGAAUCCAGUACAAGUUCUUCCUUGUGUGAUGAAACACUUGAUUCUACAGGACUCACAUCUGCUAACGAGCAUCAAAUGAAUGAUUAUGAGACUGACUCUUUUUCAACCAAUACAUCCACUGCGAAUGGCGAUAAUACAAAUUUGAUUCCUCCAUCCCUCUCUUCUUCGUCCACCUCUUCAUCUUCUUCACAAUCGUCAUAUUCUUGUGAAUCAACAACAGUCAUCAAUAGUACUCAACAAAUACCGUUGUCUUCUGCAACCAUUACCACCGCCGGACAGCCAAAUCUACCGUACACAAUAUCAUCCACAGCCACAACAACUACAAAUAACGCAAAUUGGUCUGAUGAAUCAUCUUCAUUUUUCAGUAUCAAUAACACAUCGUCACAUUCUCCAUCUCAACAACAAUCCCAUCACACAGUAUCUAAUAGUAAUAAACCAUCAACGACAAACAAAAUGUCAAUGUUUCAAAAUGCUUUACCAUUGUCAAAUAAUCAAUUAACUACUUCAUCGACAGCUUCGUCAAAUAAAAAUAAUUUUAUUCUCCCAAACGGUGGUCUACCAUCUUCGUCUACGUCAACAAAUGCAGUGAAAAAUUUAAAUUUUGAUGAAAUACCCGAAUAUAAACCGUUCAAUUCAAAUAUGCCACCGCUACAUUUACUUUUAUUUGGGGGAGAAACAACGACAAAUCAUAUACAAGAAAAUGGGAUUAAUCACAUUAAUGAUGACGAUGAUCGAUUGAAAAGAUUGUUAGACGACAAUCGUGAUAAUGAUUUGCAUCCACUAGGACAGGAGAAUGAUGAAGGCGAUUUAGGCUUCGACCCAUGCAGUGUAUUUAUGACGGCACUUGCUUCAGAUAUAGAAGAUGAACGAAGACCAUCUUCAUCAAACAAUAUGAAUUUAUUGUACAAAUUCAUGAACAAUAAUAACAAUAUUCCUCUUCCUUCCUCGACAACAAAUUCUAUAAAUCAUCUUUUACAUUUGCAACAAUUACAACAGCCACAACAGUUGCAAGCACAACAGCAACAACACCCACAGCAAUUACCACCUCAACAAUAUAUUAAUCAACAACAUCCUCCGAUUCAUUUGAUAUCAAACACAUCUCAGCUGCGACCAUUCAACAACAAUUACCACCAUGAACAACAAUUAAAUCCAAUAAUACCAACAGCAGAUACAAAUACACAAUUACAAUUGCAAGGAUUAAAACAAACGUCAAAUAAUAAUAAUAAUAAUAUCCGUUUAAAUCCUUCUUAUAUUUCACCAAACAGUAACAAUAAUAAUUCAAUGAAUAUGUCAAAUAGUAAUAACAACCCACAACAAAUUGAUCUAUUAAACAGAUCACAAAAACGUUACAUGUCAUAUAACGGUACAUCGCCUACACAAACCUGGAAUACGAAUCAAUAUAACGGAAUUCCGACGUCGGCCACUUCUUCGAUGCAGAUACCAUCAUCACAUUCGAAUAUGAUAUUUCCCUUACAACAGCAACAGCAUCAUUCAUUAUCAAUACCCGUUUCUAGUCUUCAAUCAGCAACACAGCCUCUAAACACAACAUCUCGAAUUGAUUUCACAAAUCAAAUUCCUCAGCAGCAGCAGCAGCGAUUAUUGCAACGACAAUCACCAUCUUCAUCUCCGUCACAACAACAACAAAUUUCAAAUCAUCACCUAAAUAACACAAUUGGAUAUUCGAAUCUAACACAAAAUACUGUUCCGUUUAACCAAAAUAUUUCAAAUGAUCGAUGGUUGAUGAAUGCUCCGUGGCCAGAUCCUGCCAUUGUUUCUUUGGGAAAAGUCGACAAUAGUUCACAACAACAACCACAACAAUUUUCUAUAUCAUCACAUCCGCAACAGCAAGCAAUGCCACAAAUAUCAAGUCCAUCUUCUUGCACAUCAUCAGGUAUAAUCACGAAUAAUAAUAAUCUCAUAUCACCUUCCAUUCAAAGGUGGUCACAGCAACAACAUGCAAUGACAACAACAACAAAUGGAUAUUCAAAUUAUGUCACAUCAUCGGAUGGUCGUUUAUAA